UUUAAUAAAAGAAGCAAACAUGGUUAAAACAAAAUAACGUAAUUUAUCGGUUGUCAUUGGUAAUUUUUGCCAUUUAUCGGUUACCCCCAUUACUACCAUGUUGAAAUGCUGCAGUUUCUGGUUAUAACUCGGGUCAUAUCCAUCUUCCUCUUUACGAAAGUCGAAGGAGCACCCAAACCUGUGGCCUUCUACCCUUUGAAUGCUGUCCACAAGACACGUGACAUCAGCGGCAAUAAUCUUCCGGUUGGAAUCGCGUCUAGCGUGACACUUGUCAAGGGACUUGAUGGAAGAGAGGGCGGGGCAUAUUACUUUUCUGGGACGUCCAGUAGCUACAUCGAGAUCCCUUACCACGCAAUGAUCGACACAAGAUACUCCCUUACUGUACUGGCAUGGGCACGUCCCGAAAAAGAUGGUCCAAUUCUGAAUUACUACCGCUCAAAUUUUGGUGUUCAUUUUUGGAUAACCAAUAACUCACCAUCAAACUUAUUCAUAAGAAUAAUGACAAGGUCGCAUGUCCUUACAAAAAUCUUGGUGAGUGAAGCUUUAUCGAUCUUCACUUGGUACUUCGUGGGAUUCAGCUACGACUACACAUCAGGGUGCCUAAAACUUUACUUGAAUGGGGUCUUGGUCCGCGAGUAUAACAUCGGAAAAGUUGAGCUGGCUACGGAUAGAGAGAUCCGCCUUGGAGCAGUGACCCACGACAGUCGAUACUACCGGGGUCGCAUCACAUGCUUACAGAUCUACAACACCGCUCUCAGCCGGAAUGAGAUACGAGACGCGAGCGCAGCCUGUGAUGAGAUAUUUUGGCCAUGCUUUGAUUUCGUUCCAAUUGAUGAGUUAACUAAGGCUGCAAACCACAUAUGGUACCGUCUGGGUGGCGAAACUCCAAGACGAAUUACGACUCGUUCCCCGCGAAGCAGUCUGGGACUUAGUGGGUGGAUGAAUGGUACUCAUCCUCAGAGGGAGACUGGGCCUGUAACACGUGACCUGUGUUUCGCUAUUGGGAACGGUUCUUGUGAGCACGAGGCCUUAGUGACAGUUCGUCAGUGUUACGGGUAUUUUGUGUACAAGUUCCUGGGACUUCCUUCUGGCAAGCUGAGGAUUUCUACCGAACAAGGGAAAGAUCUCGACACGCCAUUGGACGUGCUUUUCCGUCAAAGGCCUGGUCACCAUCUCACGGGUCACGUGUUCUACCAGGAAUCUCCUGUCCCCUCCCCCACACGGUGCGUUGGCUACUGUCUAGUAUCAGGUGAAAGAUGCAAGUCGGUAAAUUACAACAGCGCUCAAGACAACGGGAUUUGCCAACUAAACAAUGCCACAGCCUCAAAAUAUGAUCAACACAUUUCAGCCAAUCAGGAGUGGGGAUACUAUGAGCCAAUAACAGUGACUUUUGUAUAGCCAAAUCAGAAGUGUGUAGAUGAUGGGAGUCGAUAAGAAUGUCACUCUCUUAAUCCUGCCGAAAUGAUUCGCUGUGAUUCACUUGAUUUCGGAAAUUUCAAGAAAAGAACCGUGGAUCCUUGGCAUUUCCCGGGAGGUUUAUUAUAGCUCCAAUUACUUUAAUACAGGAUUCAUCAUCGACACGAAAAAAAAAAAUUCACUUAAAAGAUAUAUAUAUUUGAUACCACACAUAUGUCGGAUUCGAACAUGUUAAAAGUGACUAUGAGAUGUCUAUGAGAGUUUCCGAGAGAGCAUGAGGGCGAACGAUCAAAACGGCAUGACAGGGGCCAUAACACGGGUGGGGCACUGGGUGCACAUGCCCUCCCCGGUAAAACGUAUACAAGGAAAUGGUCCGAAAUGGGGGUGGCUUUGCUCUCCCCCCAAACAUUUUUUUUAAUGUUUCUGUAUCCCACCCCACAAUAUUUUGGGAACUUAUAUCAACUCUUAUCUACUUAUCUACUUUUAACUGACUGAAUCUUGCAGACCUUUUAGGGUGGUAUCGUUUUCAUUGCUGGGGAGAUCCGUUUUUUAACAUAUCACACAUGAACUCCACGUACUGUGUGCAUCUACGUAAAAAAUGGCGGAAAGCGUCAACAGGAGACUCGUAGUGAAAAAAUCGUUAUGAAACACUGAUCUUUUAGUUAUUCCCUAGAAAAAACACACAUAAAGCAACUACACCAAUGGAUAAUAAAGGUCAUCUCAAAUAUUGGUACAUCCACAAUUUAACGAAGGAGUCAGAGGGCGGGGUUAAAAAAAGUGCGCCCAUGCCGGUAGCGGAUUGUGCUUUGUCCUAACCAUAAAAAUGUCUUCUGCUAUCAAGAUGUUUAUGGCAUCCGAGUUGACAUUUUCUUGAUAUAACUGGACGACCACCACGGCUAUGCUAUGGGGCUGAUGAUCCCUAUGGCAAAGAUAGAUAUAGUAAUGAUUUCAUCGUCAUUUGACGUUAUAGCUUAGCUAUAGGCUGGAUCACAUAGGAUCUUAUCCAGUCUUCACACAUUCGUAUGGGCGUGUUUGUAGUUGAAAUUUGAGGGCCCGUUUAGAAUAGAAUAACACGCAUGAAGCAUGGGCCCCUCAAAGCAUUUCUAGCUAAUUCUAUGAUCAUUAAAAGUUAAGAUACUACGGUCGAGAACAUUUCAAAAUCAUAUCUAAUAGAGUCAGUUGACAAUUUUCGUUCCCUGUGUAAAUAGCACAAGAUCAGCUUUUCCCGCAAUCAAAUAUAAAUAGGCCUUAUUUUACACGCGAAACUUAAUAAAAUAUUGUAAAUGUGCAAUGGUAUUAUUAAAUUAUCAUGUUUUCAUAUA